GUGGCUCACAUUUCACAGGCAGCAUCCUCCUAAUGGAUGUCUGGACACAAGACUCCAAAUUCCUUCUGGAAGCUUCCCUGAGCCAGCUAUAAACUGAGUCGCAGCGCACAUCCCCAUUUUGAGAAGAAGAAGAAGAAGAAGAAGAAGAAGAAGAAGAAGAAGAAGAAGAAGAAGAAGAAACAGAAACAGAAACAACAACAACGACGACGGUGUGUACUUCCUGCUGAGUGAGCUGUCUGAACAAAAAUAGAGAAUGGACUUGACAAAGAUAUACACCGCUUUGAAAACAUUUCAAGGCAUAAAGUGGAUUAAAUGGAAAUAAAAAAACGUAGACCUGUUUAAAAUUCCAGAAAAGACAAAGCCGUAUUGUUACAGUGUGUCUAACAAUGCAUCCUCAACUUCCCGUCAAGUUUAUAACUUGCAUGUCUGCUGAACAGUUUUGUAAAGAUUGCAAAGGGGGUUGGGGAUAUGCAAGAAAGAAUGUCCCGAAUCUGGAUCUGGUUAAACCAGCACUCAUCGUCCACCCUGGCUAAUGUCCAGUUUGCAUGAAUUAAUCGUCCACCCUGGCUAAUGUCCAGUUUGGAUGAAUUAAUCGUCCACCCUGGCUAAUGUCCAGUUUGGAUGAAUUAAUCGUCCACCCUGGCUAAUGUCCAGUUUGCAUGAAUUAGAUACAAGUUUGCUCUGGUUUAAAAAAAAAAUUGUGCAUUAAGCACUACAGUAAAACCACUACAGCACAUAUUUCAUUUUAAUAUAUCAGACAAACUUACAUAGUGAAUCACUUUGAAAACAAACACUACCUUCAUCAGUACAGUCUAAUGUACAUAAACAUAAGGACUCUUGUAAAGAUGCAAGGCUGAAAAUAUUUCAAGAAUCUUGGCUAGACGUGAGUUUCCAUUCCAAGGCACAAUGGCUUUGAAGCUAGCAGUUGUGUGCAUUCUCUUCAGCCUCGCCAGGGCAGAUCCUGUAGCCCUGAAGGAUCAUGCUUCAGUUCUGGCUGACAGUACCCUGAGUCUGGGCCUGAACCUGUACCAGACCAUGGUGAAAGACCAGAACCUGAGGUCAGAGAACAUCCUAUUCUCUCCAGUGGUGCUGGCCUCCUCGCUGGGGGUGAUGACGAUGGGCGCCAAGGAGAACACCGCCAGCCAGGUCAAGUCGGUCCUGAACGUCGACCUCCAGGAGGACAAGCUGCACCCGGCCUUCUCCGCGCUGCUCAGCGAGGUCAGCGAUGAGAAGGCCCGCAACACCACCUGGAAGAUGGGCAGCCGCUUGUACGGCCCCACUUCGGUGAACCUCCGGCCGCAGUUUGUGGAGAGCAGCAGGAAGCUCUACAAUCAUGAGCACGCCAAGGUUAACUUCAGGGACAAGAGGAGAGCCCUGCAGUCCAUCAAUGAGUGGGCCUCCCAGAGCACCAUGGGCAGGGUGGCUGAGGUCACCAGAGAGCUUCCUGGGGCCGACGGAGCCCUGUUCAUCAACGCCAUGUACUUCAAACCCCACUGGGAGGAAUCCUUCCAUGACAAAAUGGUAGAUAAGCGAGGGUUCAUGACCUCCCGUACCCACACAGUGUCCGUGCUAAUGAUGCACCGCACAGGUUACUAUAAGUUUUAUGAAGACAAUGACAACAGGCUAUAUAUUCUGGAGAUGCAGCUGGCCCACAAGCAUUCUAGCAUGGUGUUCAUCAUGCCUUUCUAUGUGGAGCCCUUGGAGAGGGUAGAGAAGAUGCUGACCAAGGAGCAGCUCAACCGCUGGUUCAGCAAGCUGGAGAACAGGGCUGUGGCGCUGUCACUGCCUAAAAUCAACCUGGACGUCAGCCACGAGCUUCAGAAACACCUGCAGGAGCUGGGCCUGGCCGAGGCAGUUGACAAGACGAAGGCAGACUUCUCCGGGAUGACUGGCAAGAAGGACCUGCACGUCUCCAAUGUCCUCCAUGCGGCCGUCCUCGAGUGGGACACCGAGGGCAAACCCUUCACCCAGGACAUUUACGGACAACUGGAGUUCAAGUCACCCAAACUCUUCUACGCUGACCAUCCGUUCAUCUUCUUAGUGCGAGACAACAAGACCAACUCCAUUCUCCUCAUCGGCAGGCUGGUCAAGCCAAAGGGGGAAAACCAUGACGAGUUGUAGAAAUCCUUUUUCCUUUAAAAAAAAAAAAAAAGGGAGGGGCCUGCAGUGUUCCAGAUUGUACAUUCCAAGUUUUGCGGUAGUUUUUAAAAUAAAAAAAUAACAAGUUCAAUUGUUACACACGUACAGUAUAUUGUAGAAGAUGAUAAAGGGAUAAUGUGAUAGAGAAACAUGUUUCUAUACAAUAUGAAUCAAAAAGAAAAAUAUCCAGAGAUGUUUCCAACUGCUGACUGCAAACCAUGACAAUGCAAUUCUUCUUAUCCUUACCAGCAUGGAUAUUGAAGUAGGGUAUUACCAUAUACCUUUAUAUAGUUUAGUUGAAUGUUUGCCAAGACCUAAUGCAGUGCAUUCCAUUAAACAGUGUUGGUAAUUAAAAGCAGUAUGGGCAGACCUGGUUUUGAACUCCUAGUUGCUGUAGGUUUCAAUGUCCAAUUUCUCUGUGUGAUGUGAGUUCUUGCUACAAGUCUUUGAUACCAGUAAUUUGCCCAGCCUCUUACACCACACAGUGAGGGUAUUUCCAUUGUCUUUAUCAAUUUCUCUUUUUAAUACUAAAUAUUGCAAGUUCCAAUAUUUUUUUCUAGGGAUCUUGGAAAUCUCAGGAGAAAAUUUGUUUUUAACUUUGUUGAACCACUGAUGUUUGCAUAAUUUAAGAUUUUUUUUAUAUAUACAUGUUUAAUAAAAAGAUAUGCAAAAUCAA